UUGACGUUCAGUUAGGCGGUUCACUUGUUUGUAUGAAAGUAUCGUUUAAGUGGCUGUUUAUCACGCGGUUUUGAUCGACGCGCAUGUCAACUGCAUUGAAACCAUGUGAAAAAUAAAGAAAAAAAGUCAUCAAAAACAAAUAGAGAAGAAAUGUUUUGUUUUACCGGCAUUUUUGUGCAAAUACAAGUGGAAAGUGUCUAACAUUUUUGUUAUUCAUUUGUUUCUAAGCUUUUGUCUCAAACGGGUACGCGUCUUGUAAAAGGGAAUUUAAAUAUUAAUUUAAGUAAACUGAAAAAAAAGAAGAAGAAGAAGAAGAAGAAAAAAAACAGUUUGUGUUUGUGUGGUAUAUAAAUGCCGGAAAAGUGAAAUUGUUUCAUUCUUUUGUGUUUUGGUUCCCUUACAUAGCAAUGCUCCCAUUGUGCGCGAUUCUUCCAUAUAGUCUGACGCUGAAAAUGCUCAAUGAAUUGAAUAUGUUUGUAUAUACGAAAAUCAAUAUGAGCCGGUGCAGUGAAGUGUAAAUAAUAAAUUUGAUGGUGAAAAAGAAAUUAAUGGUCUGGAUUGGAUAUACGAGCAUUGGGGAUUAUUUAUACAUUUCCUUCAUCUAAGAAAACAGAAUAACUUUUACAUCAUGAUAAGAACAACGUCUAUUGCACUACUUCUCUACAUUUCUUUAUGUACGGUGUCGGCUCAAAAUUUUUAUGGACAAGGAAUUCGAGAUGCAUUUUCUGAAUUCGAUUUACUUGGUGCAAUAACAAUACCACCUGAUGACAAUGGACCCGUAAAAUUUGUUUCCGGCAUGGACGGUUUUCCAGCAUAUUUUAUUAAAUCCGAUGCAGAUAUCAAAUCACCGCAUCGCAUGGUAUUGCCAGAAAAACUAUACGAAUUCGCAAUAAUGACCACAAUACGACCAGAAACACGUAGUGGUGGUUAUAUAUUUAGUGUAGUGAACCCAUUAGAUACUGUUGUUCAGCUUGGCAUGCACAUAUCGCCUGUCAUCAAAGACAAAUGGAAUUUAACGCUCUACUAUACGGACAGCAGUGUUCAUUCGACCAGUCAGAAAUUGAUUUCAUACGAAAUGGCAUAUGCUAAAAAAUGGACUAAAAUAGCACUCAGAGUGCUGAGCAAUAAAAUAACGAUUUUUUUGCAUUGCAUCGAAGUGGAAACGGUUACCGUCAAACGUGAACCGAUUGAGUUAAUUUUCGAUUCGGCAUCAACAUUAUAUUUGGCCCAAGCAGGACCCAUAUUAAAAGGCAACUUUGAGGGAGCUUUUCAAUUUUUAAAAUUAUAUGGUUAUCCAGAUGUUAUACCAACGCUAUGCAACAGAACAAAUGCGGAACCUGUAACGGAUGAUGAAGUCGGUUCGGGAGAUAUUUAUAGUGAAUCUGAUGAUUUUACGACGGACGACGAUGACGAAUUUCUUCCACCACCUAUGUCACCACCACCGUUGAACAGAGAAUACGGUGGAUUCAAAGGCGAAAAAGGCGAUCGAGGUCCUAAAGGUCCUCCAGGUGAAACGAUUCGAGGGCCUCCAGGACCUCCAGGUCCACCAGGGCCGCCAGGAAUCGGAUCAUCAUCAGAAAAUUCUAACGAGUCAAGUAAGAAAACAUUUAGUGGUGGCGAAUGUACUUGUAAUGCGACAACCAUCCUUAAUUUAUUAAAACGUGAUAUUGAUUUCGGCGAAUCGAUAAGAGGCCCUCCCGGAACACCAGGUAAAGACGGCAAGGGUGGAGUUCCUGGACUUACGGGAGUUACUGGUGCCACAGGAGAACGCGGAUUGCCCGGUCCAAAAGGUGACCGCGGCGAACGUGGUGACACCGGAGCUCGUGGUCCAGAAGGACUCCAAGGCAACAAAGGAGAACCUGGACUGGACGGUGUGCCAGGUAUCCAAGGUCCACCAGGGCCUCCAGGUUCUCCUGGAAUCCCCGAAAAUUAUGAUAUAAAUUGGAACCCAUCAAGGAUGUAUAAGGAAUCUUUGAUGGUGAACACAAUGCCUGGGCGGGGUGGUACACCUGGCCAGAAAGGUGAAAUGGGCGACAAAGGAGAUAAAGGACCAAUAGGUGAACGAGGCUUGCCUGGUACAAAAGGUGAACGAGGUGAUUCAAUGACUGGUGCUAAAGGUGAUAGGGGACAUACUGGACCGCAUGGUGCGGUUGGAGCAAAAGGUGAACCGGGGCAACCAGGAUUGCCUGGCUUACCGGGUCAAAUUGGACCGUUGGGAAUGAAAGGAGAUACUGGUCCGCCUGGACCACCAGGGCCUGGAGUUACUGGCUUUUCUUCGAAUUCCAAAAAUAUUUCGGAAUGCUAUUGUCCGGCUGGCCCGCCAGGUGAAACGGGAAAGAAAGGAGAUGCCGGGAUUAUUGGAAUGCCAGGAGAAAGUGGUGAAAAAGGCAGCAAAGGUGUUGCUGGGGUAAAAGGCGACCGUGGACCUGAAGGUCCACCUGGUCCAGCAUCUGCGGAUGGAAGCAAUACAUCGAAGGGUGAGAAAGGUGAUCGCGGCCAACGUGGUCGACGUGGUAAAACUGGUCCUCCAGGUCCUAUGGGUCCAUCAGGCGUAGCUGGAAGUAUGGGAGAUAUUGGAUUGCCUGGUUGGCCUAAUAACAAGGGACGACCUGGAAUUCCCGGACCAAAGGGUGAUACUGGACAGAAGGGCCAAAAGGGUGAAAUUGCGGUUGUGGAAGGAGGACGUGGCGAAAAAGGUGAAAAGGGUGAUUCUGGCCAAGGAACUCAAUAUAUUCCGGUACCAGGACCCCCUGGACCACCAGGACCGCCAGGAGUAUCGGUGAUGGGCCAAAAAGGAGAACCUGGUAUGGAUUCGCGAAGUCCAUUCUAUGGUGAUUUAACACAUUCCGGCCGAGUCGGAAGUGGAAAAUCGAGUUUAGAUGAAUUGAAAGCAUUAAGAGAACUAAAACAUCUGAAGGAAGUUGAAGAUAGCACAUUCGGUCCUGCCGGUCCGCCAGGCCCACCUGGACCCCCUGGACGUGUGUAUGAGGAUUCUUCAUCAUACGGUUCAUUGCCAACGAAUGGAAAAAUUGUGCCUGGAGCUGUCACGUUUCAAAAUACCGAAGCAAUGACGAAGAUGUCUGCUUUGAGUCCGGUGGGCACCAUUGCGUACAUAAUUGAUGAGGAAGCACUUUUAGUUCGAGUUAACAAGGGGUGGCAGUAUAUUGCGCUGGGAACAUUGCUGCCAGUAACAACACCUUCACCGCCGACAACAAUAGCACCUCCGCCAAGACCUGACCUCGAGGCAUCCAAUUUAUUGAACAAUGUACCAUAUCCAGUGGAAGGACCAAACUUUACGAUGACUCCUGAAUAUGAAUCGUGGUAUCCGAAAAUGCUACGAAUGGCAGCUCUAAACGAACCAUACUCUGGAGAUUUGCAAGGUAUACGAGGAGCAGACUUUGCAUGCUACCGACAAGCUCGUCGUGCUGGACUCUUAGGAACAUUUAAAGCAUUUUUAUCAGCAAGAGUGCAAAAUCUUGACUCAAUUGUUCGUACAAACGACCGAGAUCUUCCUGUUGUGAAUACCAAAGGAGAUGUGCUUUUUAAUUCAUGGAAAGGUGUAUUUAAUGGCCAAGGUGGAUUGUUCUCUCAAGCACCACGAAUUUAUAGUUUUAGUGGGAAGAAUAUACUCAACGACAAUACAUGGCCUCAAAAACUAGUUUGGCACGGUUCGAGAGCGAAUGGCGAACGAGCAAUGGAUACAUAUUGUGAUGCUUGGCAUUCGGCAUCAACAGAUAAAGUGGGACUAGCUAGCAGUCUCAUGGGAAAUAAACUAUUAGAUCAGGAACGUUAUUCCUGCGAUAAUCGAUUUGCUGUUCUCUGUAUAGAAGCUUUGUCACAAGACAGACGGAAAAAAAGAGAUUUGCAAAGAUCUGAUGACGAAUUUGAAUCGGAAGAAGAUUAUGAGACAUAUCUACGAACGCUGUAAUCACACACAAACACACACAGUAUUGCUCAUGUAACGAAGAUGAAAAAUAAAUAAAAUAAAAAUCAUUUGUGAACAUAUCGUCUGGAAAAUCACUCAGAUAAAGCAACAUGAACAUCUCGAUAAAUAUAAUGUUUAAAGGUGAGAUUGGAAUCAUUUACGUUUGAUUGCGCUUAAUUUUUUAUUAACUGUAAGUGUUUUUUUGUAAAUAAAUUUACUAAACUGUGUAAUAAAAUUAAAACAAAAUGGAAAUUAGUUUUAUGUAUUUAAUACUCUAGUUAAAGUACAGAACUAGCUAAGGAAGUGUAUAAUUAAGUUAAAAGAAAAGAAAACGUAAGAAAAUUAAAAGUAAAAUAAAUUAAUUAAAUGAAAUAAAUGCCAAUUUACCUGUAUAUUUAAAUGAAACUUAAUUUAAAAUCAACAGAAAACUACCUACCUAAUUAUUAUCAAUUCCAAUGGACUUACACACAUAGCUCCUAAUUUAACCAAUAUAUUUUCUGUCAUCGACUUCGAAACGACCAUUUAAUUACUUUCGUUUAUUAUUAAUUCAACAUUCUGUGUUUCAUUCGAAUUAAAAUCAUUAGAGCAAAACAUCGCUGCCAUAAUUUUAAUUGUGUAUUAUGUUACGAUAAAGGCUAUCCGACUAGUUCAUUUUAUAUACCAAAAAUUCUAAAUUGGGAAAUACGAACUUUGUACGUUCCAACUUAUUGGAAGAUUUCGAAUUCGAAUUUUAAUCAGAAAAUCUUAUUCGCUUCAAUAAUGGUAGAAAUAGACAGAUAAUUCGAAAUUCUAAAUAACACAAAAAAUAUUGAACCGUUCAGGUAGAUGAAUAAUUGAUACAGAAAAGGUUUAUCUCUAUAUUUCAUUACAACGUUUUCCUUUCAGUAGAUUAUACACAAUGAUCGAAGUUUAUGUCGUUCAUUAACAUUGGAGUUAUACAUAAUAUGCUGCCUGUAAUGCCAAUAAUAAUUCUCAGUUGGGAUUUUAAACGGUAUUAUCAAAUUCAACGGGCAUUGCAUAUUAUUUUUCAAUAAAUAACAUUUACAUAGUAUUUACCAUGACCAAUUUGUCGUCCGUCUAUAUACGCCUCCCGCAUUUAAUAACCAAAUGGGAUCAUUAAUUUUCAACUUUUCGAUGGAAGCUUUAAUUUUAGCUUUCAAAAGCUAAACUAUUCGUCGUGUUUUUUCAGGUAAUUUAUUUUUCAUUUAUUUUUGUGUGCAUUUUUUUUUUCUCAUUCAUCGUUCGAAUUACAUGCUGAAAGAGUCAUACAAAAUUUACGGCCUGGAAAAAUUCAUUUUCCCCCGAAUCAUGCUAGUCAAUUCGAAAAAUUCUGUGAUCAUUUGUGUCACUUUUCAAAUGUUAAACUAAACAAACAUGGAUUAUUUGCAUCAAUACGUAAUGAAUCUACCAGAACGAACGAAACGAAAGGAAACUUUCGACUUUCCACUCUAUUCCUUUGUAUACAUUAAAACUAUGAACGAGGAUGAAUAAAUCUGCAAUGUUCGAUGGGUGGCAAAGGAUAUAAGUGACCCAAAAACCUUUCAAAAACGGGUAUUCAUUUAAUAUCGACAAAAACCACAAUAAAAGCUACAAUUUAGUGGUGUUUAUAUAAGAAAAAUGUGUGUUAAAACGAAUGAAGUAAAAGAUUUCAUAUCAAACAACAGGUGAUACUUUGAGCGAAUAAAGUAAUAGAUUGAAUGAUUAUAUCGCAAUAUGCUUUCCAUCUCGAGAAGGUAAAGUGGAAGUCACAACAUCCAGUCGCAGAUUGUUAGGAUAUUCAACUAUUUAUAUUUCAACUGAAGUCCCACUUGAUUUACUUUUUCCACAAGAAAACAGCAUAAUUGUGUACCAUGUCCUAGUUAGUCAUAUCCUCCCACUUCAAAAUGAUAAUAUCACUAAGUGAUUGGUGUCGUAACAAAAAGUAUAUAAAUAUUAAAUGAAAUUAAAACUUAGAUUUAAGACAAUUUAAGAAUUGUUAGAUUUUUAUAUAAUUUCAAUAAGCGAAUUGUACGACCUAAGAUAAAAAGCAAACAAACAAAAUUAACGAAAAUAAAAGAAAAAAAGUGAGUGAUUUAGUCAAAUUGACAAAAAUUUAUUGUAAAUGUUUUUUGAGAAGAAAAUGAAAAGAAUGGAAAUUUUAUGCAAAAGAAAAUACAGAACACUGUUAUACAAGUA